AUGAAAGAUCUAAUUAGAGAGGCGCCUCUUGGCCAGGUGCUCCGUCUAAUUACACAAAACAAGAUACUUCAAUAUCCUGAAGAGGAAGAUGGCUUUAAGCUACCAGAGGCAUAUAAGCAGCAGCUCAGCGGAAGCGAAAAGCCGGAGUCACACAAUCAGCCUCGCAACUUGGAUGCAGAUGUGGAGGCUCUUGGAAGAAUGAGGACAAUAACCAGCGUUCAUUCGGCGCCAUACACCAACGAGCGGGUCCGAGCCGAAAGAGAGAUGGAGAUACAGCGAACCAAAUCUAUUCCCAUCAGCCCUGAGAAAACAUCAGAUGGCAUUGUUCUUGUGGAUUGGUAUACGACAGACGACCCAGCCAACCCUCAAAACUGGUCUCGCGCGAAAAGAUAUUUCGUUGUUUUUGUACUCUGCUGUUAUACAUUUACAGUCUACUGUGCCGGUCCCAUCUAUGCCACUGCUGAAGAAGGAAUCCAGGAGCAUUUCCACAUCAGUCCUGUUGCUUCUACCCUGGGUCUGGGACUUUACGUAUUGGCAUAUGGUAUCGGAGACCUCCUCUUUGCGCCUCUAUCUGAAAUCCCGAGCAUUGGAAGAAACCCCAUUUAUAUCCUGACCUUUAUUGUCUACUGGGUUCUGACGUUUCCCGAGGCUGUGACGACUGGGUUUGGAAGCCUUUUAGCCUUGCGAUUCUGGCUUGGCUUCUUUGGCUCUCCGGCUCUGGCUAAUGGCGGUGCCACUGUGGGAGAUAUGUUUUCUCUCAUGUAUAUUCCAUUUGGUCUCUCGUGGUGGGUAUUUUCUGCCUGGGCUGGCCCUUCUAUCGGUCCGGUCAUUGGAGGUUUCGCUGCGCAAGCCAAGGGAUGGCGAUGGCCCAUGUGGGAAAUUGUCUGGAUGUCCUCAGGAGCACUAGUUCUCUUGUUGCUUUUCAUGCCAGAGACAUCAGCACACACGAUCCUGCUGCGUCGUGCUCACCGAUUGCGCAGGCUGACCAACGAUUCAAGACUUCAGGCUCAGAGUGAGAUUGAUCAGCGCAACAUGGCCCCAUCCGCAGCCCUCUGGGAUGCACUGAUCAAGCCUUUGGAGAUUAUGAUGAAGGACCCGUCCAUCUUUUUUGUCAAUCUUUACACUGGAUACUUCUAUGGCGUCUUCUAUACCUUCUUCGAAGUGUUUCCUCUGGUCUUCCCUGUCUUUUACGGAUUUGACCUUGGACAAACGGGUCUGACAUUCUUGGCUUGUCUCGUUGGCGUUAUACUUGGUCUUUCUGCCUACUUUGCUUAUUUGCAAUUUUACAUGGUCCCUGAUAAUAUCAAGAAUGGAUUCAGAGAACAAGAACACCGACUCGUCCCUGCCAUUGUCGGUUCAAUAUUAUUGCCAAUUGGACUAUUUAUCUUCGCCUGGACGGCCAGGUCCAGCAUUCAUUGGGUCGUUCCGCUUGUCGGAGUGGGUAUUUUCUGUUUCGGCCACUUCUGGACAAUGCAGUCUCUCUUCAUUUACAUUCCUCUCUCUUACCCCAAGUACGCUGCCUCUCUGUUCGCCAGUAACAGCAUUUGGCGAUCGGGCAUUGCCGGUGGAGCUGUUGUCUUCGCGCGACCCCUGUUUAUUAAUCUGGGCGUAGACAGAGGUGUUACACUGCUUGCAGGAUUGAGCUGCGCAGGCAUUUUUGGCACUACGGCAAUUUGGUUCUUCGGCAAGAGACUGAGAGGUAGAUCCAAGUUUGCCAUCUGA